AUGAAGUUCAACGUCGUCUUUACCCUGUCAGCUCUGCUGGCUACUGCCUUCGCCCAAGGCCUGGGCGAUCUACCUGACUGCUCCAAAGACUGUGCCACCGGUGCCAUCCCCAAAGAGUGUGGCAUUGAUUUCAAGUGCAUCUGCGAAGCCAAGUCCUUCUUGAGCGAUGUCUCGUGCUGUGUGGCCGACAAGUGUUCCAAGGAAGACCAGGAGACAACCCUCAAAGUCGCCAAGUCUCUCUGUGCCCGCGGUGGUGUGACUGAUCUGCCCACUGCCGUCGUCUGCUCCACCGGCGCAAGCUCAAGCUCGACCUCGACCUCUUCCAGCUCUACCGAGACUGGAACCAAGACUGGCACUGACGCCUCGGCUGCCACCAAGACGGAUUCGACUUCCACUGCUACCUCGACUGCUGAUAGCGCAACCACUGAUAGCGCUUCGUCCUCGGCCUCGGCGUCGUCGUCUGCUGCGGCGUCGUCUAGUACCGGUGCUGCGGGUAUCACCCACAAGGACUCUUCGCUUGUAGCUGCUGCCGGAGCUGCUGCUGCCUUUGCUAUGCUCAUCUAG